AGUUGGAUGGCAGACCAUCAAAGAAUUCCAAGGCUAUAGGGUAGACUGGGAAGUUAAAAAAUAUCUUGGAAACAGCCUGUGACAAAUCUUUUUUGUGCUAUUAUCAAGAAAAUUUAAUAGUUGUGUCCAUGUAGUCACCAGAUGGUUUUUGACUUUUUAAAAAACAGGGGUUUCCAAAAUAAUUGAACUACAAAGAUGGCAAGCUGCUCUCCAUUCCUCCUCCUCUUUAUCUUGAUGCUGACUUCUUCUGGUGUGUAUGGAAACCAUUCCUCAAAGUCGGUCAUGAAUGAUAGCUUCCAUAGGCGAAUGAAGAGAGAGUGGAUCUGGAAUAAAAUGCACAUUUCUGAAGAGCAGAAUGGGACUCUACCUCAUCAUGUUGGAAAGAUCACAUCAACUGUCCAGAAUCCCAAUGCCAAGUAUGUUCUUAAAGGGGAAGGUGCUGGGACUUUAUUCAGAGUUGAUGAAUUUACUGGAGAUGUAUCUGUGAGUGAAACACUGGAUCGAGAGAAGAAAGCUGAAUAUGAGCUCACAGCUCUGAUUUUUAAUCGUCUUACCAACCAUCAGUUGGAGGAGCCGUCCAAAUUCCGCAUCAUUGUUCAUGAUAUUAAUGACAAUGCCCCAGUAUUUGUUCAAAAGGUGUUUAAUGGUUCAGUGGCAGAAAUGUCACCACUAGGAACAUCUGUUACCAAAGUGACGGCUGUAGAUUCUGAUGACCCGACACUCCACGGUCAUGCAGAUGUUUUCUACGAAGUUACUGAUGGCAAGAACUACUUCAGAAUAGAUAACUCAGGAACCAUCUACACAGCUGUGCCUGAUUUGGACAGAGAACAAAAGGCUACAUAUACUAUCCGGGUGAAAGCAAGGGAUGGCAAAGGGCUGCAUGCUGAAGAAUUGGGUACUGCUACCGUCGUCAUUAAAUUAAUUGAUAUCAAUGACAAUUUCCCAACAUUCAAACAAAAAAACUUCACUUUCGAAGUCCCUGAAAAUGUCAGUUUAAAUGGUGAAGUUGGUAGAUUAAAAGUAGAGGACAUUGAUGAGCCAGAAAACAGGAAUACCAAGUAUAUCUUUCGCCAAGGGCAUUACCAAGACACCUUUAAAAUUAUUGCAAAUCGCUACACAAAUGAAGGAAUAAUCCAACCUACAAAGCCCUUGGACUUUGAAAAGAUACCUAUGUACAAGUUUGUGGUCGAAGCUACUGAUGCAAAUAUCAACUAUGCCUACUCCAUGCGGAAGAGUCCUGAGAGCAUUGCAAGUGUAAUUAUCAAAGUUAUUGAUGUUGAUGAACCUCCAGUUUUCACCCAGACUUCCUAUACAUUCACCGUACAAGAAGACAGUGAAAUCAAGAUUUCUCUUGGGUGUAUUUCUGCAAGUGACCCAGACAAAGCCAAGCGGAAAAUAAGUUACCGUAUCCUAAGAUCCACUUCUUUUGAAAUAAAUACCAUUGGGUGUAUUUUUGCCACAAAGCGUCUGGACAGAGAAGAAAACACCUGGCAUAACAUAACUGUAGCAGCUAAUGAGCUGGACCAAAACAAAAAGGUAGUACCUAGAUUAGAAACCCAUGUACCAGUCUAUAUUAAAAUCAAGGAUAUAAAUGACAACGCCCCAGAAUUGGCUUUUCCAUAUGACCCGCGUGUGUGUGAAAAUGCUUCACCAGGACAGGUGAUCACAAGUCUUUCUGCCACGGACAAGGAUGAAAUGUCACCAGACGUGAAAUUCAACUAUUUCUUGACUUCUGAAGAGAGCAAUUUUACCCUCAUUGACAAUCAUGAUAACACAGCAAAUAUCACCGUCAAGUUUGGACAGUUCAAUCGAGAGCUAGUCAAAACUCAUCUCUUGCCUAUCAUCAUCUCCGACAAUGGGGCACCACCGCAAACCAGCACAAACACCCUUACCAUCCAUGUCUGCAAAUGCAACAAGGAAGGCGAUUUCACUUUUUGUGAAGAGCCAGCAAAGGUAGUGGAAGUCGGCCUCGAAGUAUUGGUGACAAUCUUUGUCUGCAUCUUCACCAUCCUCGCAUUAGCUAUGCUGCUGAUAGUCUGGAGGAGAAGGCACAAGAAAGAUCUAAGUGUUCUCAGGAAGAACGUAGAAGAGAUCCAUGAGCAGCUGGUGGCCUACGAUGAAGAAGGUGGUGGUGAAAUGGACACCACCAGUUACGAUGUCUCAGUUCUCAAUUCAGCCCGCCAGAGAUGCAUAACAUCCCCAAGAACUACUAUAGAGGACUCAUCUUGCAGUUAUCCCCAGGUACAAAAGAUCCCCGAGAAUGUCCCUUCAGGCAUUGGAGAAAUGGGCUUUAUGAUUGAGGUGAAAAAAGAUGAAGCUGAUAAUGAUGGAGAUUUGUUGCCAUAUGACACCCUCCACAUAUAUGGCUAUGAAGGGGCUGAGUCUAUUGCAGAAUCUCUAAGCUCCCUGGGUUCAGGGUCCUUGGACUUGGAUAUUGAUUAUGAUUUUCUCAAUGAUUGGGGUCCCAGAUUUAAAAUGCUGGCAGAGCUUUAUGGGCUGGAACCUAAUGGAGAUCUGGUGUACUGAGGGUAGUCAAUGGCAGAUUAUCCCAACCCUGUCGAUAAACAAUAAAACUGAAAGACUGUUCAGAAAGCAGAAUCAAUCAACUCUUUAUGCAUUCCUCAUACAAAAAAUCAGAUUUUCAUACAUUUUCAGAGCAGACUGAGAUAGCCUGUGCAAAAGAAGCUAUAAACAAAAUCAGGUCUGUAGAUAUUUUUUAAAAAAUGGAAAUGCCAUUGUACUGGGGAAUUGAAAAAUGUUUCUUCUUAUAUAGAAAUCCAGUGCUUAAAUGUUUUUAAAGUAUGGUGGUUCUUGCCUGUUAUAAGAAAGCUCAGAUGAUGGCUUGCCUGUCCUGAUUGUUGCAACUCUAAUUAAAUGCAUUUUUAGUUACAAUCUUUUACUGAAUGAAUUAUCUCAACAGCCCUGUGAUACUUAUACAUAUGUGUUACUGGUGGUAAUGAACAGCAUCUGAGCUAAUGCAAACGACUCAGGUCCCAAAUCAAAGUCUCUACCAAACCCACCAGAAGACCAUGUUUCCAUCCACUUCCAUAUAACUACCCCAACCAUUUGUAGUCAGAGCAGGCAUGGAUGGAACAACAAGAACAACAAAAAACCCUCACUAACAUCAGUGCCUAUCCAUUGUUUUAGAUUUCAAAUAUUCACUUUGACACCCUGCUACCUGGUUUUUACUUAGACACCCAUUUUUAUUCAUUAAAAAAGCCACAUUUUCAAACACAGCUAAAGACAUUCAGCUGCUGCAAGAAAUUACCCAAAUUGAACAGCCUUGUUAACUGUGAAACUAUCUUAAUUAUUUUCUUCUUGUAGUUUACUUUUUCCUUAGAGGUACUAUAAAAUGGGGUAUUUUCUCAUGAAGUUGUUGGCACUCUCAAAUGUAAAUAGCAGAUACAUUUCUGAUCUGGCAGUUCCUGGAGGAGGAUAGACCCUUCCCUAAUAAUGUGAUCAUUAUCUUUUUUUCACUUUCUAGUCUGCUGAAAAAGCCCCAUGGCUUAACUUCUCAAGGUCAUUCCCACAUACCAUUGCAGCAACAGAACUGGUGCUCCCACCAAUUAAAUUAUGUGAAAUUAGAGGCAUGACUUGUUGAAAUGGGUGGCCAUAAAAAUUAACUAAACAAUUGACCAUCUAAAGAACAGUAAACCAUGAUUAGAGGCUAAAGGUAACUAAGAAUACCACUGAUAGUGACUGACCUGACCACAACAGUUUGCAUACAGCAGUUCAUUACGUGAGCCACAGUAUUGCUUCACAGCAUCAUUAUUACUGAUUAUGCAUAAAAUCACUUAGUCUGAAUAUUGAGAACAGAUUUUUUUUGAGGGGGGAGGAACAAAUACAAUUUUUUAUGUACCAUGUGACAUAAAGUCACAUAUGUGACAUAAAGUCACAUGAAACUCAGUAGGACAUACUUCUGAGAACAGAUAUAUAGUGCAAGGCUGUCUUUUUUUAAUGUAUUCCCCAAACUCCUGAUUCCUAUUGAAGAAUGUAUUCAUGUUUUCUGAAAUAUACUACCUACUAACAAACAUACUCUUUUAUAAUUAAUAUGCUCAAUAUGUAACCUUGGGAUUAUUACUUAGAACAACUGUAAUGAUUUUGCAAACAAUUAUCAAGAUUUCAAGUG